AUGCUCCCCCGUUCAUUAGAGUUUGUGCGGGGAAAGAAGACGAGAUCGACGCUGAAGCUCUCGGAUCUUCCCCAGGGAGUUAUUCCUCCCUCGGAGGUGCAGCCCCACGAGGAAGACACUGGUCCCGCUUACCCGACUGUCGUCCUGCAGGCUCGGCGGAAUAUGCAAAAGUUCGACAAUUGCGUCCUUCUCACGCGCGUGGGUGGCUUCUACGAGCUGUACUUUGAGCAUGCUGAAGAAUACGGGCCACUCCUCCAUCUAAAGGUUGCUCAAAAGAAGACGAGCGCUGGCCCAGUACCCAUGUCGGGCGGCCUGUUGCACGAUAGGCGAGUGGCUCGUAUCAUCACGCCAGGCACCUUGAUCGACGAGAACUUUAUAGAUCCUUAUGCCAAUAACUACGUAAUGGCUCUCCACGUAACCCCACCGCCUGCGCCUGAGCAGCUCGGGCCGGAUCAUGAGUCAGGAUCCAGCCAACUGCGAGGCCUUGACUGCCCGGAGCGCGGUGCUGAGCCUAACGGUACGGAGCUGGGAGGGAUGGAUUCGCCUUCUUGCCCUGACUCGCCUGAUGUAGACCUCCCGCUUGGCCUGGCAUGGCUUGAUCUCUCGACCGGGCACUUCUUCACGCAGUCCACUAACCUUUCGUCACUCUCAUCCAUCCUCUCCCGCAUAAGCCCGCGUGAGGUGAUUCUAGACCAAAGCUUCCGGUCGAGACCUGACCAUGGCCUGUCCUCUAUCCUCGCUGAAGAUCGAUACGUGAUCACGUAUGCUCCCAUAGGCGAUCGUAGGCUUGAGCUGGAUGACUGGACUCCCAUGCUGGAAUCCGAGCUUCCCCAAGAUUCACGGCAGGCCUUCACCAAAGAAGAGAGCGGCGCCCGUCUUCUGAACGAGUGGUUAAGCUCGCCGUCCACCUCGCUCGAUGUCAUCAAUAACCGCCAAGAGCUCGUCGCACGAUUCAUCGAAGACGAAACUCUGCGGGAAACCAUCAUACUCUUCCUCAAAAGAAGCCACGAUUCGCAACGCUUAGUCCAAAAGUUUGCCCUUGGGCGCGGCGACCCGGACGAUCUCGUCGCCCUAGCCAACACGAUCCGCGCGACGGAGGAGAUUGUGCGGCUGCUUACCGAGCAUGCGGGGCAGGAGGAGACCGCGGCCCCGACACCGGAAACCGAGGUCGUGCCGCCCAACUGUCUCUCCGCCAUGGCAGCGCGCAUCAUCCUCGACGGACCCCUCAAGCUCGCCAAACGCAUCAAGGACGCCAUUGACGAGGAAGGCAUCGUUCACCGGCACGAGAUUGAGGAUACCGAGGCCGACCACAUGCUCGCCCUCGCGCAAGAGGUCGUCACCUCGGAAGGAGGACAACGAGCCGUGGAUCAUGAAGCCGAGCGCGAGCGCCACCCUCAAAAACUCCACCGCCAGCUCGACGCGCUUUUGGAGGACAAGACCGCCCUCGGCGAGACCCUCCGCGAGCAGCUGGGCGCCCAGUCGCUCACGCUGCGCUGGAGCCCCGGCCUCGGCCACAUUUGCCACGUCAAGGGCAAGGACUCGCGCAGCCUCGCGAACCUCAAGACGCUGAGCUCGAGCCGGACCACGCGCUCGUUCCACGCGCCCGAGUGGACUAACCUCGGCCAGCGCAUCGACCAAACGCGCCUGCACAUACGCAACGAGGAGCAGCGCGUCUUCCACGCUCUUCGCGAGAGCGUCGUGCUGUCCCUCGUGAAGCUGCGGCGCAACGCCGCCGUGCUAGACGAGCUCGACGUCACCACGUCCUUUGCCGGCCUGGCGCUGGAGCGGGGCCUCGUGCGCCCGCGAGGCCUGCAGGAGCAGGGCCGCUCCUUUAUGCGCAACGAUUGCCUCGUCGGAUCCCCUUCCCACGGCCGCGUCUGGCUCAUCACGGGACCCAACAUGGCGGGCAAGAGCACCUUUCUCCGGCAAAACGCUCUCAUCACCAUCCUCGCCCAGAUCGGAUGCUACGUCCCCGCCUCCUACGCCUCGCUGGGCAUCGUCGAUGCGAUAUUCAGCCGCGUCGGCUCCGCCGACAAUCUCUUCCGCGACCAGAGCACCUUCAUGGUCGAGAUGCUCGAGACGGCGCAUAUCCUGCGCGCUGCCACACCGCGGUCCUUUGUCAUCAUGGACGAGAUUGGCAGGGGUACGACGCCCGAGGACGGCACUGCCGUCGCUUACGCUGCGCUGCACCACCUCGCAACGGUGAACCGGUGCCGCACGCUGUUCGCUACCCAUUUCCACGCCGUGGCAGACAUGGCAGAGGAGGCCGGGUUGUGCGCUAUUGCGGAGAAGAACGCGGGUCUUGGCGGCGAGAAUACCCGCGGAGGCGCAGCGGUGGAGAUGUACUGCACAGACGUGCAGGAAGACGAAGGUGGGGGUUUCGUCUACGUGCACAAGUUACGGAAGGGGGUCAACCGCCAGAGUCAUGCCCUCAAAGUGGCGCGCCUCGCAGGCAUGCCUGAAGCGGCUAUCAAGACGGCAAAGCAGGUUUUAUGCAAGACAGGGGUUGACGGUGCACGUCGGUCUACAAAUGGGCGCAUGAUCUACGAGCAAGUCAUUACAACACGUUUCAUUCACAAGGAGAGGCGAAGUGCGGGAGGCGGCGUAUUGGAAAAGAAGAAAAAGGGCAAUGCCUGA